GGUGUCCCGGGUUCACUGAAAAUUAUGACCGUUAAACUCUGACGCUACAUUGAAGUUACUCAAGAUGGACUAUUAUUUUUCCAGAAUUCAGCUAUUCGAUGAAACCCAGAUCGUUACUCCAAGUCUGAAGCGAAAGCUCGAUAAAAAACAAAGCAGUAAACUGCAGAAGCUAGAGAAACAGGGUAUUCUUGUGGGAAAGGACUCUACGAGGCUAUUGCACAAAGCAAAACGGAUGGCAAUACUACCCACAGAUGAAGUUCCUGAUGUCUGUCAAGAGCUCCGCAAAAAGUGGAAGAUAGCAACGUUGAAAGCUCAAGGCAUUAAAGUAAAGGAUGACUUGAGCCUUCUAAAAAGAUCAUCCGAUAAAGUUCGAAAAAUGAAACAGAAGCGUCGCCAGAAGUGGGAGGAGAGAAAGCGACACGUUGAAGAAAUGAAGAAAGAGCGACAAGCAAUACGUCAAAGCAACAUUCAAGGGCGGAAAAACGAAAAGCUAGCCCGGAAGUACCAAAAGGCGAAAAAGAAAGGACGAAUAUUUACGAUCGAUCAAACGUGAUUUGAAAGACUAGUGUUGUCAGUUAUCCAACGAGAAAAAUGUACACCCGAUGAUCACUUCAUUCUCUUUGUCUUGGCUAACGGGAAAUGUCAAUAGGAAACGUAUGCCACCAUUAUUCUCUACUUCAUAUUUCGGUUCUUUGAAGUUCAGCUCCUGUGGUCGUUAAUUUAAUUACAACUCAUUUGGUUGCACAAAAAUACGAAAUACGAGGAGUAACGACCGCUUACGAUGGUGUUCUAUGGGCAGA